AUGGUAGAAAGAUAUCCAGAUAAUGUAACAGACCUCUUAUUAGGAGGAUUUUUAGCAUCUUAUUUAAAAGAAUUAUCACCAGAGGAUUUAAAUGUAAUCUCAAUCCCAUUAGCCAAAUUUUUACCUGAAUUUCCAAUCAAUGACAGGUCUUACACCAAACAACACUCAUCAACUGUUCUCAGCAACAGACAGUAUGCUUUCAAGACCAUGGGAAACUCAAAUCUGAAAUAUGAAAUUUACAGAAUUAGGAUCCAUAAGCUGUUACUCAGUUACCUCUCUUAA